AUGGUGGAGAGACGUCAAGGUUCAAGAGGUGGUCUUCAAGGAGAUAUGAUGGGAGUUCUUUUAGACAUUCCGAUGCGACAAGGAUUCGACGAGAUGGAGUGUGACAAGGUUCCUUCUAGCGACCUCUUCUAUAUGUGGUGCCUCACUCAAACGAAUGUUUGCCUUUAUCUUCCUUUUGAUCUUGCUCUCUACUUAUCUAGCAUGGCUCUAGGUUCUACACCUGUGAGCAGGAUCUGCAGGGGUUACUGGGUUACAAGGUUGUCCUUAUCUUAUGAUUUUGACACUAGUGGGAUUGUUCGUAUGCCUAUCCGGGAGAUGGGUGCUACCACUCGCGGGAAGAUAUGGGUGUUGGUUCGAGGAGUGGGGAAGCAGUGGAGGAUUCUGGACAACGAUAUUAUGGAGCCAACUCAGCAGGCGGAGCCAGAGGACAUCCCUGAGCCUGCCUUCCUUAGGCGAGGAGCGUCAUUGGUUAAUGGCUAUGAUCGGUGUGGUUAUGCGGCAUCUGGGGAUGGACUAUCCACCUUUUCUCUAGGGCGGGUUAUGUUGUUCCACCCCUUUCUUAGCCAUAGGGUGCCAACCAUGAUGGUGUGGGCACUUCAGGCACUUAUCUCAGAGAUACGGUCUGCGGAUGAUGAUUAUGAUGAGGAUACAUAG